AUGAGCUCGAAAGUGGCCUUGUGCCUAAUGGCUUUGGCGCUCUGCUGUGCUUCUACGGUUGCGCAGCCCAUGGAGGAGGACUACGAUGAAGACUAUGCAUCGGAACCAUAUGAGGAAGAUAUAGUCGGCGUGAACGAAUAUGCAGUUGAGGCAAUUCAAUGGCAAUCGGGCGCUUAUCCCAACUAUUGCAAUAUAACCUAUCAGAAUCGUAUCUACUAUUAUCUGGGUUAUCCUUGUCCGCCGGCACCUGAACCAAGGCCACCGCGUCCGCAUCCAGGACCGCAUCCGACACAUCGUCCUCAUCCUACACAUCAGCCUCAUCCCACACAUCAGCCCCAUCCUACACACAGUCCCCAUCCUACACAUCAUCCGCAUCCUGGACCUUAUCCACAUCCGGGCUAUCCUUAUCCAGGCUAUCCGUAUCCCAGCCAUCCUUAUCCCACAAGAAGGCCAGAGUCCAAAAGAAUCUGCGUGAAAAUCGCAGGCAUCGGUCUUCUUUGCACACCAGCAAUACACAUUCAUGUUGAUUAG